AUGGUGAUGUUCAAAGAUGUGGCUAUAGAUGUCUCUCAGGAGGAAUGGGAAUGCCUGAACCCUACACAGAGGAAUUUGUACAAAGAUGUGAUGUUGGAGAACUAUAGCAACUUGGUUUCACUGGGACUUUCUAUAUCUAAGCCGGCUGUGAUCUCUUCGUUAGAGCAAGGGAAGGAGCCCUGGAUGGUUGUGAGGGAAGUGACAGGAGGACGGUGCCCAGACUUGGUGUCCAGGUGUGAGGCCAAGAAGUUAUCUCCAAAAAGAGACAUUUAUGAGACAGAGACAUCCCGAUGGGCUAUCAUGGAACAGUUUAAAAGUCAUAAUCCUGAGAAGUCCAUUUUCAGAGAUAUUUGGGAAUGCAGUAGUCAGUUUGAGAUACAACAGGAACAGGAGGGCUAUUUCAGGCAAUUUGUUAUCAACCAUGAACACAUGCCUAUAUUUAACCAACAUACUUUACUCACUCAGGAAUUUUAUAAUAGAGAGAAAAAUUUUGAGUGUAAAGAAUGUAGAAAAAUCUUCAGUUACCAUUUAUUUUUUAGUCAUCACAAAAGAACUCAUUCUAAAGAAAAACUUUCUGAAUGUAAGGAAUGUGCAGAAACUGUUAAUACAUCAUAUCUUACUAAACAGAGAAUUCAAAAUAGUAGCAAGUGCAAUGAAUGUAAGGAAUGUUGGAGGGCUUUUAUUCAUUGUUCACAACUUAAACAACACCUGAGAAUCCAUAAUGGUGAAAAACGCUAUGAAUGUAAAGAAUGUGGAAAGGCCUUUAAUUACGGCUCAGAACUUAUUCUGCAUCAGAGAAUUCACACUGGUGAAAAACCCUAUGAAUGUAAGGAAUGUGGGAAAGCCUUUAGGCAGCGAUCACAGCUAACUCAACAUCAGAGACUUCAUACUGGUGAAAAACCUUAUGAAUGUAAGCAAUGUGGGAAGGCUUUUAUUCGUGGCUUUCAACUUACUGAACAUCUUCGACUCCAUACUGGUGAGAAACCCUAUGAAUGUAAAGAAUGUGGAAAGACGUUUAGGCAUCGCUCACACCUUACCAUACAUCAGAGAAUUCAUACUGGUGAGAAACCCUACAAGUGUAGAGAAUGUGGAAAGGCCUUUAGCUAUCACUCAAGCUUCUCUCACCAUCAGAAAAUUCAUUCUGGCAAAAAACCUUAUGAAUGUAAUGAAUGUGGGAAGGCCUUUUGUGAUGGCUUACAACUUACUCUACAUCGGAGGAUUCAUACUGGUGAGAAACCCUAUGAGUGCAAGGAAUGCGGGAAGACUUUUAGGCAGUGCUCACACCUCAAAAGACAUCAGAGAAUUCAUACUGGUGAGAAAUCUCAUGAAUGUAUGAUAUGUGGUAAGGCCUUUAGACUUCAUUCACACCUUAUUCAACAUCAGAGAAUACAUACUGGUGAGAAGCCCUAUGAAUGUAAGGAAUGUGGGAAGGCCUUUAGCUAUCAUUCAAGCUUCUCACACCAUCAGAGAAUUCAUUCUGGGAAGAAACCUUAUGAGUGUGGAAAGGCCUUUAAUCAUGGUUUGCAAUUUAAUCUACAUCAGGCACUUCAUACUGUUGAGAUGCCAGUAAGAUUUCCUCUCCUCUCUCCCCAUCCUACUCUAGCAUCAUGA